AUGCCAAGCCAACAGAAGAAAAUCAUUUUUUGCAUGGCUGGGAUGUUAAGCUUCGUGUGUGCCCUUGGAGUCGUGACAGCCCUGGGGACACCUUUGUGGAUCAAAGCCACCUUCCUCUGCAAAACUGGGGCUCUGCUUGUCAAUGCCUCGGGGCAGGAGCUGGACAAGUUCACGGGCGAGAUGCGGUACGGGCUUUUCCACGGAGAGGGAGUGAGGCAGUGUGGGUUGGGAGCCAGGCCCUUUCGGUUCUCAUUUUUCCCAGACUUGCUCAAAGCCAUCCCAGUGAGUAUCCACGUCAAUGUCAUUCUCUUCUCCACGAUCCUUAUCGUUUUAACCCUGGUGGGGACAGCCUUCUUCAUGUACAAUGCUUUCGGCAAGCCCUUCGAAACUCUGCACGGCCCACUGGGGUUGUACCUCUUGAGCUUCAUUUCAGGCUCCUGCGGCUGUCUCGUCAUGAUAUUGUUUGCCUCUGAAGUGAAAAUCCACCACCUCUCAGAAAAAAUUGCAAAUUAUAAAGAAGGGACUUAUGCCUACAAAACGCAAAGUGAAAAAUAUACGACCUCGUUCUGGGUGGUUUUCAUUUGCUUUUUUGUUCACUUUUUGAAUGGGCUCCUAAUACGGCUUGCUGGAUUUCAGUUCCCUUUUACAAAAUCUAAAGACACAGAGACAACUAAUGUAGCUCCAGAUCUAAUGUACUGA